AGACGCUAGAGGGGCGGAGUUCCCAAUACGGAAAGCUGUUGAAAGAAAAAUUGUUUUUUAACAAAUUGUGGUUUGGACGAAGAUUUUCCUGUGAUCUGUGUUGGAUUACCAUUAAUACAGCUACCUCUGGAUUAGUUUGUAAAUAACUCUUUGUAACAGACGAAGACAAAAACGUGUUUAUUUUAUUUCUCUUCGCUUCUUCUUCUGCAGCGACAGAUUAACUGCUGGAUACGGUGCCAAUCCUGCGUUUCUUCAAUGAGGAACUAUAGGCUUAUCUUCUGCCAUAACCUCAAACAGCCAUAAAUGACCAAAGACUGCUUGUUUGGUGAGGGCAACGGGAGUGUAAAAUAACUUCUAAUUUGUCUCCUUUUUCUAAAAGAAAAUCCGCUUUGCUUUCUGGCUGCAAAGAAGAUAUGAGGAAGAGCUCCUCUGCUUCCUUAAGCAAUUGCGACUCUGUUCUAGCCAACAAAAUUUUUGGUAUCUCUCUUGAUGAGCUUCAGCAGGAAGGGCAAUCAGAAAAUGGUAUUCCAUUCAUAAUCCUGUGCCUCGUACGCUACAUUGAGACAUUUGGUGGUUUGGAACAGGAAGGGCUUUUCCAUGUAAACGGAAAGGCAGAAACUGUUGAAUGGCUUCGCCAGAGAUAUGAAAAUGGGGAAGAAGUAGACUUGGUGAAAGAAGUGGAUGUUCCCUCAGCCGUAAGUCUGCUUAGGUUUUUUCUGCAGGAACUUCCAGAACCAGUUGUCCCUGAUGGCUUGUGUGCAGAUCUAAUGCAGCAUUAUCAAGAUGGCAGCUCUGACGAUGAGCCGGAACGAAAGUUGAAGUACCUUCUGCAGCAGCUUCCACCUGUAAACUACAAUGUACUGAAGUUUCUUUGCAAAUUUUUAGCUAAAGUAGCAGCACAGUGGGAAGAGACAUGGAAUGCAAGUGCUUUGGCUGCAGUUUUUGGACCAGAUAUAUUCCAUAUUUAUACAGAUGUGGAAGACUUGAAAGAACAAGAAAUUGUCAGCAGAAUAAUGACUGCACUUCUAGAAAAUUAUGAGGAGAACUUUGAAAAUGAAGAGGAAGAACUGUCAUCUACAAAUGAUCUAAGCUCAGUAACUGAACAGACAAAUGACCUGAUAGAUGAAGAUGAGAAGUUAGCACAGCCUGAAGAACUUCCAGAUGAUAACGGUGAAAAAUGUAUUGAGAUGAUAGAUGCAAAAAAGCUGUUGGAGACCGAAGAAGACUUUGAGUCCAUGAAUGUAACUGCAUCCACAAGUGCUCACAUCAACAUAUUAUCAACAUCUGCUGACAUCUUAGGAAGAACUUUAUUAAGAGUAGCUGUUGAAAGACGACUGUUGGAGGAGCUGCAGAGCAAUAUCAACCAUGAUUUGAAAAAUUCUGACCAUGCAGGACUUGUCUGUGAUUCAGAUGUAAAUCAAAGCAAGCAUGAAGUGGAUGACUUUGUAUUGGAUUGUGAAGAAGAUCAUCUAACUGCGAAUGUUGAGAAAAGUGGUUUAGAUUUAUUGAGUGACACUGAUGUAGACGGAGGUAAUGACGCACAUUUGGAUUCAAUUGAAUUCAGCCAGGAAAUACAGAGUAGUUACACAAAUGAGGAUGCGCAUAUUCAGACAUGUUACAAAGAAUGUGAUGUAAAUGCAAACAGUGAAUCAGAAGUAUCUGGACCUGAAAAUGUCUCUCUUGACGAUAGUAUUACAAUAACACCAGUUCCACACCUGACUCUAAAGAAUGUUUCUAGUAAUGAGGAAGAGGUUUUCAGGACUCGCAGGUCAUCCUUUAGUUCCAGAGAAGAUAAAGACAAGUCUCCAGUUCAUCUAAUGAAGAAGUUACAGAAGAAAAUAAGACAGUUUGAAGAACAGUUUGAGAAGUACAAUAACUGCAAGCCUUCACAUAGUGAUAUAGCAGCAAAUCCAAAGGCUGUGAAGUGGAUGACAGAAUUGACAAAACUGCGAAAACAGAUUAAAGAGGCAAAAGUCCAAAAUCCAGAUGGAGAAAUAGUACCUCAGCUUCGACCCAGAAGUAAAACUCUUCCAAAGAGCUUUGGUUCUUCUCUGGAUUAUGGUGAUGAAGAGGAGGUGGCAAUGGUAGUGCCAACAGAGAAAGAAGAAGAAAUUGCUGAGAAUGAAAAGAAGCCUACAAAAGAGGAUACUGUGGGUUUAAUUAUUAGGAAACUCAAGGAGAAACGACAUGAAGAUGAUAUGCCAGAAGACGUAAUGAAAAUGACAGAGGAACACCUUGGAAAAGAGAAAGUAGCCCUGCAGAAAAGCCUGCUGUAUUAUGAAAGCAUUCAUGCUCGACCGGUUACUAGAGAAGAGAGAAAAGUUGUUAAGCCUCUGUAUGACAGGUACCGCCUGGUGAAACAGAUGUUGACCAAAGCCUGCAUUACUCCUAUCACUGGCUCACCAUCAAAUAAACGUCGGAGCCAGAUGUUACAACCAAUUAUAGAGGGCGAAACAGCAAAUUUUUUUGAGGAAAUAAAGGAAGAAGAGGAUAACAUCAUCAGCCCAUCUUCAGAUUUCACUGUUGAUUUAAAGCCUUCCAUCCAUAUAAUAUCAGUACCAGAGCAAGUUGAUGAUGAAACUAGGCCUGAUGGGGAGCCUUUAAAGUUAACUCUGGAUCAGAGACUGUCCAGUACACUUGCUUCUUCCAUGCCAGAACUACUUGAACAACUCUGGAAAGCAAGAGCUGACAAAAAAAAGCUGCGCAAGACUCUUAAGGAAUUUGAAGAAUGUUUUUAUCAACAAAAUGGAAGGAAUGUACAGAAGGAAGAUCGCAUCCUAAUGAUUGAAGAAUACAAGGAAUAUAAACGGAUAAAAGCCAAGCUUCGCCUUUUAGAGGUUCUUAUUAGUAAACAGGAUUCAUCAAAGUCCAUUUAAAAUAUGAAUAAAGAGUUAAGCACCAGAAAGCUCUUAAGAUCUACAGAUAUAAUUUGGUUUAUUUUUCGUCUGUCACACUAUAAACACAAUUGCACACUUCACGGCAGUGCCACAGCACUUCAUGAAGAAUUUUGGGGUAACCAGACCCAGGAUGACUACACAAAGCAAAAAAUGGACAUUUGGAACUGCACUGACUAUUUCAUUUUGAACAGACUUGCAUUUUUAAAAGUAAUUUAAUUAGUGGAUUUAUUUCAGCUUGAAUGGUGUACAACAUUUCAUUUUUGAGAGCUUUUUACAGACUUUUGUGGGACUUCAAAACCGGUUUGUCAGAUGCAUGAAAGUUCAUUGCACUUACAGGAACAGCAGUUUUGUACCAGUCUGUGUAUGCAACACAGAAAUUGUUUUUCCAAUUAAAAAAAGACUCGAUCUAAUUGUACUAUAAAUAUAGGUUUGGUCAUUCCCUGGACCCAAAGUGGAAUAUUAACCAUUUUAUUCUUUAAUCAUAUUAUUCAGUUUUUUCUUUCCAUUUUAUUUGAAGCAUUUGUGUAUUUACUUAGUAUGUGUGCAGUAUACAUAACUUAUUUCCUGGAUAAAGAUCACAUACAUGCAGAAGGUAGCUUUGCAAUCCCAACUUAGACUGUAACUUUAGUAGUUUCUAAAGCAGAUAUUGGCCAAUGUGAUACAACAUCUUUUUGAAUUGUUAAUGCCGUGUGUCAAAGUUUCUAGUUGUUUACAUUUUAGGAGGGAAUGAGUUGUUUAUUUUGUACAGGUAAGAUGCUUGGUGACAGUGGCAUUCUUUCCCAGUGGGAAGAUAAGGCUGUAGUGGGAGCAUACUUUAAAAAGCUUUACAGAAACUUACGGUGUUGAGACUUUAGAUGUCUUUAAUGUAUAUCUUGACAGGGCAAGAGCCAAAUGUGAUGACUGAACUUAAGAGGCUGACAACGUGUGGCAGAAGAAAGGCUAAAUAAAUACUUGGAAAAAUGUACACACAAACAUAACUCCCUUAUCUUUAAUUUUGUGGCAUAACAUUUUUAUAGGAAGCCUAUGGUUUUGGUCCUAAAUAUUGAGGUCAGACUUGUUGAAAUCCUCCUUUGUCAUGUUUGCCCCCCUGCAAAAUGCUUCUUCUCUAAUUUUCUGAGGAUCCAUGACUCAGUGUUGUAGGAGCCUCCCCAAUAUAAACCUCUUCCUGGCUCAAUCCAGUUCCGAGAAAAAGCACAAACUCUAAUAAAUGUAGUUUUGAUGGUAAUUAGGACAUACCCAAAAUAUGGUAUCUAGACUUAGCCUUUGUAAUGCUGUCUAUAGCCAUUUGUUCAGUUUUGAGUGUGCUUAAAGCCAAAAUACUCUGCUCUAGGCAUUAUUUCCACACUGUGAAGUGGAUUUUCAUUUGCUUUAUAUGCAUAACAUGCCUUGUUAAUUGUCUUCAGUCUUUGAUGCUGAUUUUAACUGAUUUAUUUUUUAUAUUUUGAAGUGGAUGCAACAGUAUGUGAAUGUAUCUGCAUGCUUUGUUGCAUGACAUAAACGUUUUACUGCAUGAUUUAAUUUGUCAUUUAUGUACAGUCUAAACAAAGUCAAAGAACUUGACGGAUGCCUGAAAUAAAUACAUGCAGGUUUGUUCUGAGUUACUUAAUGUUCCAUUUGGAUGUUUAGUGAGCUUCUUUCCAUUGAAGGUGGCAGAAAGAUGAAGUGUUCUGAAACCUGCACCAUUUUAAAAUAGUCAGAAAGACUGUACUCAUCUUAGAAGUGUCUUGCUCCUCCAUUAAAACAGAGCACAGUUCUUCGGAGGUGUUUGCAGUUGUUUGCAUGUACAAGUAAUCCUUCAGCUGUCCUAGAAAUUUUGUGUUACUUGUAGUCGUGCUGCCUAAGAGUUGUGCUGGUCUAUGGAGUCCAGUACUGAUUUUUUUUGUUGUACUGCACACUUCCAUCUGUGCUGAGUUCAUGUACAGCUCAUUACGUGGAAGUAGUUAAUUGCUUUAACCGUUCAUGUACUUGUGCAGAUUAAAUUGCUGUGUUGGGUUUUUCAUUUAAUCUGUGCAGGUUUUGUGUUCCAGUGAUCAUUGCAGGGCACAUCUCAUUUGAGUGAAAAGAGUAUUCUGUAGCGAUGUGACAGAAUGUGUUUAAUGGUUUAAUGCAGCUUUCAUAUACAGUGACGUUUAACCAGCCAUGAAAUUGGUUAUCUUCAUCCCUUUUGUAGACUGAGAUAUACUGUGAUUAAUCUUUAAAACAUGGGUGUGUUCCUUAAAGUGGAAUUGUGUAUAUACACAAUCUGCAGUGUUGCUAAAUAGUACAGGGUUAUUUGUUGCCAGAAUGUGGUUGGAAGGUCUAGUUACUGGUAGCUGGUUCUUCAACUUUUACAUAGUGAAAAAUCUUCAGUGUAGCCAAAGCAUUUCCAUAAAAUAUUAUAUACAGAAUUCAGUGUAACAAAUACAUAGCUCAUUUUUCUCUUAAUGACCUUGUAGUAUUCCCUUUGUAAGGAAUUAUGUCCUGCCAUUGUGUGAACUCUGAGUACAACCAUGGAUAAUGAUACUUUUAAAAUGCUUCCUAGGUAGAAAGCUAAAUAUGAAUUGACACAGAGCCAAGCAGAUUAUUUUAGUGGGAAUUACUGGUUUACAAAAUUAACUGCACUUAUGGGUUGCAUUUUUAAGUACAGUAUUUUCAGUUCACUUUUGUCAGUGAAAAAAUGCUUUCCAAGUGCUUUGUGUUUUGCAUAAAAAAGGUCAUUCUGUACAGUUUUCAUUUCGUUCUGUUGUACUUUUGAAAGACAAAGUUAUUUUCACUUUAAGCAACAACUACAUUGUAAUGCUGUUCCAAAAUCUGCCUUAGCACCCAUCCAUUUUAGCCACUGUAUGAAACUAGAGUUGCAUUAACCUGAAGGGAGCAGAUUAUUAAAAUUAAACAAUGCCCUUUUCAGUGACAGGUCAUUAUUUAAAAGCAAGUUUUGGUUAGAAUGUCAUUAAUACCAAUCCCUUACAGCAUAAAAUGCACUAAAGCUAGCAGCUGCAUGUUGAAUUUGUUCACAGUCUGACCGCAAUUGCCAUGAGGUAACAUCAUGAACGAAGUAGAGAAACUAAGUCUGUCUACAGACAAAGUCAACAUUUUGCCUUGUUUUCCAAGCAAACCAUAUUUUUGAUAACUUGAGUUUUCAAAAACAAAUAUCACAACAUAAAACGAAUUUUGUAUUAUGAAUAUUCCAUAAAUAAUACUGAUACAGUUUUCACUUGUGCAGAUGUGUGAUUCUUCCCAUUUUAGAUUUAUAGCCAUAAUUACACAAUUUUCUAAAUGGUAAAAACAUUUGCAACAGUCAUUUCCUUUGCUCUGUCUUUCAUAAAGCAUGCAUGGCUGGUAUUGUAGUGCAUUUAGUAGGAAUGACAGUGAUGUGCUUCUGCUGUUUUGUGCCAUCAUUUUUUAAGCAAUAAAGGAAGUAAAACUAUUACAACAAUUAUAAAGAUGAAA